AUGCUGGCCCAUGAUAAUUGUUUGUUCCUAUACACCUGCAGAAAAAGAAAGCAUCGCUUGCCCUCUACACUUUUGACCGGCGGAGAGGAUGAAUUUUGGGAUUGCUCGGUGUGUACUUACAAGAAUUCUGCUGAAGCGUUUCGGUGCGAAAUGUGUCAAACACGCAAAGGUACUUCGACCCGCAAACCAAAGCUGAAUAGGCAAAUUGUUGAGGAACAAAAUCUCAUCGCUCGGGCGAUUAUUAAGGAGCGUCAAGAAGAAAGUGGCACUACAACUGGUGGCACGGAAUCUAAUACACCUCACCGUCGGAAGUACCAUCGACAUUUGAAUAAUAGCAGUAGUGCGCCAGCCCCUACUUCGUCUCUAAAACAUGUCGCAUUAUUACGUCCUGGAUCUCUUCGUAAUGUCGACCGCUCAUGUCCGCAGCAUUUUGAAGUCUUCGCUAAUGGAUUUAGCGUGGUUAUCACGGAGUAUUAUCCUAAAGCAUCCUCUCCUGCUACGACGCCAGGUGGUAGCAAACAAGUGUCUUCAUUGUCGAACAGUCCCGCUCUUUCCACUCCCGCAUCGCUUGUAGGCUCAACAAGCAUUCCAUUAGGAACUGGUGCAACAAAAUUAGAAAACACUUCCUUUUCUGAACAUCCGAUCACUAACCAUCUCCCAACGUCGCCAUCUUCCGCAUGUCUUAGUAAUGGUGACCAUCCCACCUCAACUCCCCUGAAUGAUUCAACCGCCAUAUCCAAUGAGGUGGAAGAGGAAGGAGGAGGGAAAGCAAAAUGUCAUUUGGACGCCAAGGAACCCCGUCUCGAUGAAGGGGAUCUUGAUGCCACCAGUUUCAUCCCUCCCUUAACUACAUUGAAAUCGGAGGCGACUGAAGCUCCGGUGGAGAAUUUGAUUACCGCAAUGUCUGUGUCUGGUAGAAGGAAGCGACGCAAACGUCGUCUGCGAAGUGAUUCUUCUACUAAUAAUUCGUCUCGAUCUCUGCGCAGCAGUUCUGGUUCCUCUGCUGUGGCGUCUCGCAGCCGACAAGCUAGUCGAAUAGCCCGCGCCUCUCUCUACCGUGUCACAAGCGCUCCACGAUCCUACAAGCGUCGGAAGAUUGCUACGCCAUCCACCACUGCUUCCGUGGAAGUAAAUUCUUCUUCUGACCUAACCUCUCCCAUGAAUACGGAGUCUACCGCCCCCAUGACCGACAGUUGUGGAGCUGUGGCACUGGAGAUGUCCGCGGCCAGUGCAUCCACCUAG